AUGGAGUGCAUCAACCCUACCUCUUGUGAAGGGUCAUCUUCCAAGAACAAGAACAAGGAGAAAAAGGGUGUGAAGAAAGGCAUCAAGGGAGGGGUGAAGCUUUCUACUGAUCCACAAAGCGUGGCAGCCAGAGAAAGAAGGCACAGAAUCAGUGACAGGUUCAAGAUCCUUCAGAGCAUGGUCCCUGGUGGUAGCAAGAUGGACACAGUGUCCAUGUUGGAAGGAGCCAUUCACUACGUGAAGUUCCUCAAAACCCAGAUUUGGCUCCACCAAACAUUGAUAAACUUUGUAGAUAUUGAUCAUGAUGAGGCUCCCGUGUACCUCCCCCAAGAGCAUAAUUUCCCUCAUGAACACUCCAUUUCCCUUCAGCAAAACCCUUCUUCAGUUUCGGUGCAUUCUCAGCAGAGUUUACCACAGCCACCACUAGCACAGUACUACUUCCAAGGUGAAGAAGAUUGCAACACCUUUGAUGCCACUAUGAAAUAUUGGCCAGCUUAG